AAUUGUGAAAACUUUAUGGAAAAUAUAAUACUCAGAAUAUUGAUUUCAUUAUUUGGUAUUAUCAAUGCUGUUUAUUUUGGGCGAGAAGCCCAAUUAAGCCCAUUUGUAAAGUUGCUUCCUAUUCGGGUUUAGGCCCAUGUUCAUACAAGGGGUUUAAACCAAAACCUCCGGGACGGCGAUUACCCGAUUAAACGGAAAGUGAGAUGGAAGACAAAGUGAAGUUACUAGCUUUGAUCGGAGCUGGAGCUCUGCUCGGCUCUGCCGCUACUAUUUCUCUCUUCAAGCUCCUCCCCAGGGCGGUUAAGCAUGAGGUUAUCAAAGAGGCAGUUAAAGCAAAUGGUCCUACUUUUUUCCGGGGAGAUAAUCCUACAAUGAUCAAUCCCGAUCUGCUAAGCGAUGAAGUAGUUUGUGAGCAAUUAACCAGGAAUAUUCAAUUCUUUGGCCUCGAUGCCCAACAAAAAGUGACUGCAUCAUAUGUUGUGGUAAUUGGUCUUGGAGGAGUUGGGAGUCAUGCUGCUAAUAUGCUUUUGAGGUCUGGGGUUGGCAGGUUACUACUUGUAGAUUUUGACCAGGUGACAGUUUCAUCACUGAAUAGACAUGCUGUCGCAACAAGAGAGGAUGUUGGUACCCCAAAAGCCUUGUGCCUUAAGAAGCAUUUCCAAUCAAUAUUUCCGGAGUGUCAUGUAGAUGCAAAAGUUCUGUUAUAUGAUUCAUCCUCUGAAGAGGAGAUUCUUUCUGGCAAUCCUGAUUUUGUCUUGGACUGUAUUGAUAACAUUGACACAAAGGUGUCACUUCUUGCUGCAUGUGUACGUAGGGGUUUGAAAGUGCUGUCUGCAACCGGAGCCGGGGCACGGGCAGAUCCCACCAGAAUACGUGUGGCUGACUUAAGAGAGUCAACUAAUGAUCCACUAUCUCGAGCUGUAAGACACCGCUUGAGGAAAGACCAUGGAAUUGAUGGUGGCAUUCCGGUAGUUUUUUCUUUAGAAAAGCCUAAAGCAAAGCUUCUUCCAUUUAAAGGACCGAGUGGAGAAGAAGAAAAUCCUUCGGAUUACCAGAUAGUGCCAGGUUUUAGGGUUCGGAUCAUUCCAGUUCUAGGAACAAUACCUGCGAUUUUUGGGCAAGUCAUGGCUUCAUACGUUGCGACACAACUUGCCGGGCUGCAAGUUCAGAUGGAGCCCGUGGUCAAUUUUGACAUGGAUCAUUACCAUAUAUUGCACCACCGUCUCAUAGAGCAUGAAGAGUUGGUUUACGGAACAGCCAUGCAAGUGGAGGUAGAUGCUGAAGAAGUUAUGUAUGUUGCUAAAGAGUUGUGGCAUGGGAGAAGCGCAAGGGACGAAUCUGUCAAAGAGGUUGGGCGUGCAAUGUGGCGCUCGGUAAACGAAUUGAUGCUUGUGAGAUGGGACAGGACAAAGCCAGCGACCGUGUCCAACUUGAUCCUUCUAAGAUUUAAAGAGGCUGAAGAACACGAGUCCAAGUCUCUGGAAGAUAUAAAGGAGAGCGAGCCGGAAUUCUUCGACAGGGUGACGUCUGUGCUAAAGCGAGCUGAACAGGACUUCGGGUUGUCCAGUACUUGAUGCCAGACACUAAUAAACUUCUCGAGAGUUCUUGCGUGCUAUAUGUUCGUUCUGAGAGCAACCGGGACACGAUCAUAAUCCAAGUUUACGCUAUGGUAGCUCUUACAGUUCGAUCUGGCUUAUGUUGUAAUGGUCAUGAAAACAUAGAAACCUUAAGAAAGUGAUGAAAUUGUAAUCUUAUUUUUGAAUCUGUAUUAGGUAAACGGUCCAUUUAAUCAUUUCCCAUCUUCAAUGAAUAUUACUUGUAGAUGUA